CACCGCAAUCGCACUCGUACCUCCGAUCGCACCAUACGAUGCCAUCCACCGCCGCUCUCUCGUCGUCGAAGAAGCGCAAGCUCGCCGUCGGCGCCGAUGCCAAGGCCGUCUCCAAAAAAAUGCCCAAGACCAAGAAGUCCCGGUCCGUGGUGCUUGCUCCACCAAAGACCACGCAGGAAGAUAUCCUCCAGCUCGAAGAGGCGAUCGUCGAGUCCGCAAAGAAUUACAACAAUAUUGUCACGCUCCUCGCCUGCUUCAAAGACUCCCUCGACGAUGAUCCGCAACUCGCUGUUACCGCUGCGGUAUCGCUGUGUCGCUCGUUCUGCCGCCUCAUGGCGAAGGGACGGCUGCUGAAGCGCAAGGGAGACGACGAGGACGAGGCGACAGUUGUCCUGUGGCUCAAGGAAAGGUAUAAGGAAUACGUGACGGAGCUGUGUAAAGCGCUGGACCAUCCGAGUGGUGUGCAGGACACGGUGUUGACGCUGCUCAUGAGGCUGGUUAAAGAUGAGGGCAUGCAUCAGAAACCGGAGGGCGAGGAGUACUACUUCCCCGGCGAUACGUUUGCCAAGAUCGUGAAGGGCGUUGUGGUGACGGAGAAUAUGGACGAUGAGGCGAAGGCGGCAUGGGUGGAGAAGUAUGUGGAUGCAUACAACGAUGUGCGGUACUCGUUCUUCACGGCGAUAAAACAUCUUCUCGACGAGCGCGAAGACGAAAUCUCUCCCGCCCUCCUGACAAGCACCGUCAACCUCCUUCUCCUCCCCAAAAACCUCCCGACCGCCGAAACGGAAGAAAUCACAGACUUCUACGCCGUCGUGCUGCCCAGCAAAACCUCACGGAAAGCCAAACCACCCACAAUACUCUCCCCCAGCGCGCACCGCAAAGUGGUGCAAGAAGCCUGGUGCAAUGUUCUCCGGCACCCGCUCCCCGCAGCCCUCUGCAAAUCCGUCCUUCUCUCCGCCGAGCGGCGCAUCAUCCCCUCCUUCACCAAACCGCAGCUCCUGAUGGACUUCCUGAUCGCCUGCUACGACCACGGCGGCACCAUCUCGCUGCUCGCGCUGAACGCGCUGUUCCACCUGAUCUCGACCAAAAACCUCGACUACCCGAACUUCUUCACAAAACUGUACGCGCUGCUCGACCGCAACCUCUUCCACAUGCGCUACCGCUCGCGCUUCUUCCGCCUGCUCGACACCUUCCUAGCAUCUACCCAUCUCCCCGCCGCGCUCAUCGCAAGCUUCAUCAAGCGCAUGGCGCGCCUGUGUCUCUCUGCACCCCCGGGCGCCAUCGUCACCGUCGUGCCGUUCGUCUACAACCUCUUCAAGAAGCACAGGGCUACGACGUAUAUGAUGCACCGGAUUCCGGUGGAUGCGGACGAGGCUGCGGAGUGGAGUGUUGCGGGCUACGUCGACCCGUUCGAUGAGGAGGAGACGGAUCCGUUGCAGACGGGCGCCAUCGAGAGCUCCGUCUGGGAACUCGAGACGCUGAUGAGUCACUGGCAUCCGAAUGUGGCGACGCUGUGUAGAAUCGUGAAGGAACAGUUCACCAAGGAACGGUAUUUGAUGGAGGAUUUCUUGGAUCAUAGUUAUAAUUCGAUGUUCGAUAUCGAGACGAAUAGGGAGUUGAAGAAGGCGCCGGUGGUGGAGGUUGACGUUCCGAAGAAGAUAUUCUUCAGGCUCGAGGGGACAGAGGAGCAACAGCAGAGUGGGAAUCUGUUGUUAGAUCUGUGGAGCUUUGAGUAGAGAGCAGUUGAGUUGGUAUUGCUAUUACAGAAAGAAAUGCUCUAUGGGUGGUAUGGUAAAACAAAGGGAUAUUGGAGAUGCC